CUUCCCCGCUUUCUUCUUGCUUUCUUCCUCACACGGUUCUCUUCAACCCGUCUCACACGACACACACGCAGUCAUGACCAAGUCCGCCCAGCCCUAUACAGUCAAUGUCCGCGAGGCUACCGAGGCGGACACAGAGACGAUCAUCUGGCUGAUCAAGGAGCUCGCCAUUUACGAGAAGGAGCCGCAGGAAGCAAAGGCAACGCCCGCCCUGGUGAAGGAGAACAUCUUCGAAAAGAAGUACGCAAAUUGCAUCAUCGCCGAGUCUGAAGGAGAGGACGGCAAGCUCGCACCCGUAGGCCUGGCAAUCUACUUCUUCUCCUUUUCAACUUGGACUUGCAAGCCCAGCCUGUACCUUGAAGAUCUCUUUGUGCUCGAGUCGGUCAGGAACAGAGGCGUAGGCAAAGCGCUCUUCCGCAACCUGGGGAGGAUCGCAAAGGAGAAGGGCUGCGGCAGGGUGGACUGGAGCGUCUUGGACUGGAAUGCUCCGUCCAUUGCCUUCUACAAGCAGGUGUUGGGUGCCAAGCCCAUGGACGGCUGGACGGGGAUGCGUCUGGAAGGCCAAGAAGCGAUUGAAAGGCUCGUCACGCUUGGUCAGUAAAUAGCGGCGACAGGGAGACGCCAUCAUGGCAAAAUGGAUGGAUCUACAGCAAUAGAUGAGCAUUCCUUGCAC